CCCACGCACGCCCGCCCCAUACCCAUCCGUUCUCCACAUCCUCCAGCCCCGCCUCGUUCAAUUAUUGCCUUCUUCUCCCCUCUCCUCUCCUCAUCCCGUUCCAUCUCAUCUCCUCGUCGGCCGGCUCCCGGUAAUGGCGAUGGCGUCGUCGCGGGCGCUGCUGAUGAUAGCGGUGGCCGUCGCGGCGGUAUGGUGCGGCGAGGCGGGGGCGGCGCCGACGGCGGCGGCGGAGGCGGCGCACGACGUGCUGACCGCGCACGGGCUGCCGAGGGGCCUGCUCCCCGCCGGGAUCGCCGCGUUCUCGCACGACCCGGCCACCGGCCGGUUCGAGGCGUCCCUGGAGGCGCCCUGCACGGCCAAGGCCGAGGUCGACCUGCGGUACAACGCCACCGUCACCGGCGAGAUCAGCUACGGCCGGAUCAGCGACCUCUCCGGCGUCUCCGCGCAGGACCUCUUCCUGUGGUUCGCCGUCCUCAGCAUCCGCGUCGACGUGCCCUCGUCCGGCGUCAUCUACUUCGACGUCGGCGUCGUCUUCAAGCACUUCCCGCUCUCCUUCUUCGAGGCCCCGCCGCCCUGCGUCCCCACCUCCUUCAUCCUGCUCGCGCCGCAGUACAAACAGGGAGGUGACGACGGAUCGGUGGACGGCGGCACGGCGCUGCAAUAA